GAUGGUGUACGUUGUAACCUUAUAAAAUACUAUGUUAGGGACAACAACUUCAAUCUCAUAACUUCUAGUCUUCUACAAAACACUUGGCAAAAAUGUCUCUGAUUUCAAAUCUCUUCACCGACAACACAAAUAUUGUCCAACCUUACGCAAUUCUCGUUCUCAUCGCUAUCUUCUCGGUUUUGUGGUACCUCUUCAAACGCUCGCCGCAACCACCUCUACCGCCUGGACCGCGAGGGCUACCUAUUGUCGGAAACCUUCCCUUUCUUGACCCGGACCUUCACACCUACUUCACAAAACUCGCUAAAAGUCAUGGUCCAAUCUUCAAACUCAAUCUUGGCUCAAAACUAACCGUCGUGGUCAACUCUCCAUCGCUGGCUAGAGAGAUCUUUAAAGAUCAAGAUAUCAAUUUCUCAAACCAUGACGUCCCUCUCACGGCCCGAGCCGUUACCUAUGGCGGUGUCGACCUCGUUUGGUUACCAUACGGUGCCGAAUGGAGAAUGCUUAGAAAAGUUUGCGUUCUCAAGCUUCUUAGCCGCAGAACGUUGGAUUCUUUCUACGAGCUUCGACGUAAAGAAAUCCGGGAAAGAACAAGAUAUUUGUACCAGCAAGGUCAAGAAUCACCGGUGAAUGUUGGAGAGCAGGUCUUUUUGACGAUGAUGAAUCUAAUAAUGAAUAUGUUAUGGGGAGGUUCGGUUAAAGCAGAGGAAAUGGAGAGUGUUGGAACAGAGUUUAAAACAGUGAUUUCUGAAAUAGCUAGGCUUUUGGGAGAGCCUAAUGUUUCUGAUUUUUUCCCAUGGUUAGCGAGAUUCGAUCUUCAAGGACUUGUGAAGAAGAUGCAUAUGUAUGCUCGAGAGCUCGAUGCGAUACUUGAUCGAGCCAUCGAGCAGAUGCAUCGACUAAGAAGUAGGGAUGGUGAUGAUGGUGAAUGUAAAGACUUUUUGCAACAUUUGAUGAAGUUCAAGGACCAAGAAGCUGAGUCGGAGAUUCCCAUUACGGUUAACCAUGUCAAAGCCGUACUUGUGGAUAUGGUAGUUGGUGGUACAGAUACAACAACCAACACGAUAGAGUUUGCAAUGGCCCAACUAAUAAGAAACCCGGAGUUGAUGAAGAGAGCACAACAAGAGCUAGACGAAGUUGUAGGCAAAGACAACAUUGUUGAAGAAUCACACAUCACUAGAUUGCCUUUUUUAUCAGCCAUUAUGAAAGAAACACUUAGACUUUAUCCAACCACUCCUCUGCUAGUCCCUCACCGUCCGUCCGAAACCGCACUGGUCGGCGGCUACACCAUCCCUAAAAACACUAAAAUCUUCAUCAAUGUUUGGGGUAUUCAGAGAGACCCAAAUGUGUGGGAGAAUCCGACUGAGUUUCUUCCCGAGAGGUUUCUUGAUAAGAAGUCUUGUGAUUUCACUGGAACAGAUCAUAGCUUUCUUCCAUUUGGGUCGGGCAGGAGAAUUUGUGUUGGUGUAGCACUCGCCGAGAGGAUGGUUUUGUAUACUCUCGCGACGCUAUUGUACUCGUUCGAUUGGAAGAUUCCGGAAGGUCACGUGUUGAACUUGGAAGAGAAGUUUGGGAUUGUCUUGAAGCUCAAGACCCCUCUUGUUGCCUUGCCCAUUCCAAGGUUGUCCAAUUCGAAUCUUUAUUUAUAAAGGCAAAAAUCUUUAUAGUUUUCUUAAAAAAGGAAAAAGAUUGUUAUGUUGGCCAUUUUUAUAAUAUACGUUUUUUAGGUAAAAGUGUGUUAUAUUUUGAACUUUUUUAAUUAAUCGUCAUAAGUUUUGUAAUGAAAUUCAAACAUCGGUUUCCAUAAACAGCAACAUUAUUGAA